AUGGCUACAAUUAUGUUCAAAGGCAACCGACGAUCCCAGUCCUCCCUAGCGAUCAGCGGAAAGCCCAGGCAAAACGUUCCUUUGCCGAGUGAAGAGACACCCAAUAGUCCGGUCCAAUAUGCAUUAACAACCCUUGACCAACUCGUGAAUUGGGCCCGGCAGGGUUCCAUAUACCCCAUGACUUUCGGGCUCGCCUGCUGUGCCGUGGAGAUGAUGCAUAUUGCCGGUCCCCGGUACGAUGGAGAUCGUCUCGGUCUAUUAUUUCGAGCUUCCCCGAGACAGUCCGAUCUGAUGAUUGUCGCUGGCACUCUAACCAACAAGAUGGCGCCUGCCCUACGACAAGUCUAUGAUCAGAUGCCAGAACCACGAUAUGUGAUUAGUAUGGGUAGCUGUGCGAAUGGGGGCGGAUACUAUCAUUAUAGUUAUUCUGUGGUUCGGGGCUGUGAUCGGAUUAUCCCAGUGGAUAUUUACGUUCCUGGCUGUCCACCAACAGCUGAAGCGUUACUAUACGGAAUCUUCCAGAUCCAAAAGAAGAUCAAGCACAGAAAAGUGACACGUAUGUGGUAUCGGCGUUAG